GGUCCGCUCCAAACAUAACGCGCAGUGGAAAACAUGCGGCUUGGGGGACCCCCCCGCAACCUCCGCUCGGGGCAGAGACCCGAGGGGGCCCGGGGCUGCCGGGGCCACGUGAAGUUUGACAAGGGCCCCCUGGGCCAGACGAGCCGCACCCGAUGCCCCUCGCCCAAGCCCUCCGCGUCCACGGCGGUUCGCGGCUGCGCCCGGCACUGGCGCCGCGACGCUCCCAGGCGCGCCUGGAUGGCAGCCCUACCCCAACCCCCCGCGGCCCAAGAGGCGGCGGCCGGGGCCGGCCCCCGGCCAGGGAAGGCGGGCACUUAUGGGGAGGCGCUUCCGGGUCAGAGGGUGUGCAAGAUGGCGGCGCCCAUGGAGCUCUUCUGCUGGUCGGGGGGCUGGGGGCUCCCGUCGGUGGACCUGGACAGUCUGGCCGUGCUGACCUAUACCAGAUUCACAGGUGCUCCGCUGAAGGUACAUAAGAUCAGCAACCCUUGGCAGAGCCCUUCAGGAACUCUGCCUGCCCUUCGAACCAGUAGUGGAGAGGUCAUCUCAUCGCCACAGAAGAUCAUCACCCACCUUCGUAAAGAGAAGUAUAAUGCCGACUAUGAUCUGUCAGCGCGGCAAGGAGCGGAUACCCUAGCCUUCAUGUCUCUGUUGGAGGAGAAACUGCUCCCUGUACUAAUACAUACUUUCUGGAUAGAUGCCAAGAACUAUGUGGAAGUGACCCGGAAGUGGUAUGCAGAGGCUAUGCCCUUUCCCCUCAACUUCUUCCUGCCGGGCCGCAUGCAGCGCCAGUACAUGGAGCGGCUGCAGCUGCUGUGUGGCGAGCACAAGCCAGAGAACGAGGAAGAACUAGAGAAGGAGCUGUAUCAAGAGGCUCGGGAGUGCCUGACCCUUCUCUCCCAACGGCUGGGCCCUCAGAAGUUCUUCUUUGGCGAUGCCCCUGCCUCCCUGGAUGCCUUUGUCUUCAGCCAUUUGGCCCUGCUGCUGCAGGCGAAGCUGCCCAGUGGGAAGCUGCAGGCCCACCUUCACGGGCUGCACAACCUCUGCGUCUACUGCACCCACAUCCUUAACCUCUACUUCCCCCGAGACGGAGCUGAGGUGCCACCUCCACGCCAGACGCCAGCACCCCCUGAGACCGAGGAGGAGCCCUACCGACGCCGGAACCAGAUCCUGUCUGUGCUAGCAGGGCUGGCAGCCAUGGUGGGCUACGCCUUGCUCAGUGGCAUCGUUUCUAUCCAGCGGGCCACCCCGGCUCGGGCCCCGAGCACCCGGGCCCUGGGCAUGGCCGAGGAAGAUGAAGAGGAAUGAUGGGUUCAUGCUCUUAGGACUGAUUUUUCUACUGUCAUGCAUUCCAGAUGCCCCAUUGUUGGAGCAGCCAAAAAUGGGGUGCUCUCCUUAGAAUAAAGCUGUUCACGCUGA